GCAUCAUCCUGUCACGUGACAGAGAUAGACAUGGCGUCCUCCCGGAGACGACUGGUUUGUUUACGCUCCGGGAUAUGGAGCCUCUUAUUUUACUGUGUUUACUCCCAUUUAAAGCUAGUUCUGGCGGAGGACGUGGACAACUGCGACAACCUAAGACUCGGACAGUAUCUCUGUAAAGAUCCGAAGAUAGAUGAAGCCACUCAGGAGCCGGAGAACUGCAGGGACAUGACCGCCUGGGUGGAGUGCCUUCCAGCUCCAAACAUCAGCUGUCGGCUCUCAAACGGGACAGAGUUCAGGUUCAGCGGGGAGGAGGUGGGCUUCAACAAAACCAUCCCCUGCAGGAAUGUGAGUGGAUAUUCCUACAAAGUAGCUGUGGCUUUAUCUCUGUUUCUGGGCUGGCUGGGAGCAGACCGCUUCUACCUGGGAUAUCCUGCUCUAGGACUGUUGAAGUUCUGUACUGUUGGUUUUUGUGGAAUCGGCACUCUGAUCGACUUCAUCCUGAUCGCCAUGCAGAUCGUGGGUCCAGCAGACGGGUCAAACUACAUCGUGGAUUAUUAUGGCGCCCGGCUGACCCGCCUUUCCAUCACCAACCAGACGUACAGGAAGCCGCACCUGUCUCUGUGAACACACCUGGACCCCCCCGACAGGAUGCUGUCAGUCACGUCAACACACUGAAGACUGCAGGACACACGCCGUCCCAUUCAGCGCAACUUUAUCGACAGUCUGCACGUCAACAGGCACAGCGAUGGAGAAUGAGCAGUUUAAGAGUAGAUCCUCUUCACCUCUAUGAAACUCAACAUGUUACAAAACUGAACAUUUCCCAACUCCAUUUAUCUCUUCAUGUUUGUAUCAUCUGUCCAGCUGUGGGGGCCGUGUGUUGUAUUUAAUAUGAUUUGGUUGUAAUGUUUUUCAUGAAAGCUGUAAAUAAAGUUUCUUUUUGUGUUAAUCUGCA